GUCAACCAAAAGCAAACCACAUGUAAGAUUUUCGAUCAUACCUGUGAAACUGAACCGUCAAGAUACAACACAAGCACUGAUGAGAGACCACCGGAUAAAGAAAAGAAAAGGCUUACAGAGUUACAAAUAAGUUUGGAUUCCCAGACCCCACUAAGCUGCUCCACAGGACUAAGAUAAUUGGCAGCUAAGGAAGGAAAAUACCACUGAAGAAGACAGAUCUAAAACGUGACAAGUGCUCUUACACAACAUAUGCACAGUUUAGCCAGUAGUGCCUCAUUCCAGUGUGAAACUGCUGAUUAGAGCCAUGCCAUUCUCGCGAAGCUUUCUGUCUGAAGAGCAGCUGCUGUGCUCCAUCUGCUUGGAUGUGUUUGACAAUCCGGUGUCCACGCCAUGCGGCCACAACUUCUGCGUGACCUGCAUCGGCCACUACUGGGACUCAGUGAAGCACUGUCAGUGCCCCCUCUGCAAGCAGACCUUCAAGAGAAAGCCUGAUCUCCACAUUAAUCGAACUCUCCGAGAGAUCACUGAACAGUUCAAGCACAUGAAGGGAAACCUUGGGACCUCUGGAGGGGACGAGGCAGAUAGAGACGCUGAGAAAGGGGGAACGACACAAGAGCCAGUUGGUAGUACACUUAGGCCAGGCCAACUUCCAGGUUAUCUUCUUGAGGAAAUGAAGCAGAGACUCACACGGCACAGGGCACACAGCAAUACUCUGGCCUCUCAGAAUGAAACGUGGUCUGAACAAACUGUUACACCAAACACCAAUAGUACUAGUGACACCCAGCCACCUGAUUUUGCCAGACAGGUGUCCCUGCGAAGGUAUACCUUGAGUGGGGCGGCAGAUACCAUGAAAGUCCCCCUUUGUCCAAAACAUCACAGAAACCUGGAGCUGUUCUGUCAGUCUGAUCUGGAAUGUAUUUGUGUCGAGUGUGGACAAACGGAACACCAGUCACAUGACAUCACAUGUGCCGAGAAAGAGUGGCAGAGUCAUAAGAUGAAGAUUGGUAUCACAGAGAACGAGAUACAGGAGAUGACCAAGCAGAGGAUGGAGAAAGUGGAGGAGAUCAAACAAUCACUAGUUGAUAUCAAAACGCUGUCAGAGCAUGAGGUGCAGCGCAGCAUGCAGCUGUUUGGAGCUUUGAUAAGCUCCCUCGAGCGCAGUCAGGCAGGGCUGCUGGAAGUGACUGAGAUAAACCGUCGCUCAGCAGAGCACCAGGCUGAGCUCAUGAUCACAGAGCUGGAGCAGGAGAUCACAGAACUGAGGAGGAGAAGCACAGCGCUGGCUAAACUGGCCCAGACGGAAAAUUACAUCACCGGACUGAAAGGCUUCUCUGACGUCAGCACUCCCAAGACAAUGAAAGACUGGACGGGUAUCUCACUGACCUGUGACCUUGGAACUAAAACAAUUUACACCUCUGUCUGUCAGCUACUGGAACAGUUUAAGGAGGAGCUUCAGAAAGCACCUGCAUUCUGCCUCUCUGUGUCCGCUAACCAAUCACCUGUGAAGUCACACCCAAGUAAGACUUCUGUUGAAGUAAAGAGAAUACAGGAAUAUGCAGUGGAUGUAACCCUGGACACCAACACUGCUCAUCCACGUCUCAUCCUAUCAGAAGACAAGAAGAAGGUGUGGUGUGGUGAAAGGCAUCAACAAGUUCCCAACAACCGUGAGCGCUUCGACCGUGUAGUGUGUGUCCUGGGCUGUGAGGGAUUCACCAGUGGCCGACACUACUGGGAGGUGGAAGUGGAUGGAAAGACUGACUGGGACCUGGGAGUGGCGAGUCAUUCCUGCAACAGGAAGGGUAAGAUCACAGUCAGCCCCAGCAACGGCUACUGGUUUCUUAGCUUGCGGGACAAGAAUAACUAUGCCUUCAGGACUGAGCCUUCUACUGCCCUACCCCUCAGCAUGAGACCUCAGAAGAUAGGGCUGUUUGUGGACUACGAAAAAGGCCAAGUGUCCUUUUAUAAUGUGGACGCAAAGAUGCACAUCUACACGUUUAUGGACAACUUUUCUGAGACUAUUUACCCAUUUUUCAGUCCCUGUACCAACAAAACAGGUCAAAAUUAUGCUCCGCUGGUGAUCUCACCUGUCCUUAUGGACUGAACAGUGAAAUGGAAACAUUUUAUGAGCAAGCAUCUGGUCCAAAAUGUUACGGACUUUCCUUUUUUUACCUUGUAAAUGAGUGUAAAUAAGUGUCUGCUACCAUCUUGGCACUUAAUUUUCAAUGAUAACACAAAGAGAAAUUUCACUAGGAUGACCAUAUGUCCUCUCUUUCCGGGUUUUGGCUUUGUUUUCCUAUUGACAUACUCUCUACAGUCGUCAUACAUAAUAUUUAAUGCAGAUUUGGAUUGCUUUGUUCAUUCACUGUAGAUCCAAGCCAUUUUGAUAAUGAUUAUUAUACAAUGCUUUUAUGUUAUUGGUCAAACUAAUUUUCAGUCAUUACCUUCAGCAAAUAUAAAGCAAUAUAAAACAAUAAGAAAACAAACCCAAAUCCCAGACAUUUUAGGCAAUAUAGAAAUCCCAGCCAGGACAUGUCUGGGGAAAAAGAGGACAUAUCACUGCUGAAAGUCUUUUUUUGCCAACAAAUAUGCAAAUUCCCCUUGUUACAUUAACAUAACACCAAAAUCAACAGGAGUUUUUAAUUAACCUUCUCUCCAGGAUGGAAAGACUAAAAUAAUACAGUAUAUGUUUCUUAAACAAGACUGCACUGCAAUCCACUAUGAAUAACAGUGAAUACUCAUUGCUUUUCAGGCAUUAGAGAGAAAGUUAAUACUUUAAUACAAGAUGAGUAUUAGUAAAUUCAUGUUGUUCUGUUUGUAGAAUUGCUUCAUUCACUGUUGCAGGCCUAUACAGUUCAUUUGGCCUACUUUGAAAUGUAACCUAAUUCUCAUACACUGCACUUUAAAGUUUCUGUUAAGAUGAGUGUACUUACCCAUGAUGAAAUAAACCUUGCGGUGUCAGAUGGCAAGUUACUGCAGGUAAUUUGUCUCUUUAUGCUUUAUGACAUCCCACCCUUUCUCUCUCUUUCAUAUAUGUAGCUAGUACCAAGACUGGGCCCCAUUUCCCUACAGUGGAGUGAGACUAAAGUUAUGCUGCUUACACUUACAAUACAUUACAACCACACGUGUCUGUUAAUGGCACUUUUUAAUCAACACUAACUGUCUUUACAUUGUUGUUUUUACCGCUAUAGGUAACUCCCAAACCAAAUCCUAACGGUAUUUUCUCUCUGUACAUCGUUCGUGUUGAAGCAUGUCAAAAGUAACUGUCGGACUCGGAGAGAAAAUACCUGAGGGCUCACUGGAGUCGGCGAGGCUGCGUUUCCUCAACGCACCGCCAGGUGGCACACCUACUGAUUUUAUAACUGCUCUUUUUUCUUAACGUGAAGCAAACACGUGGUUACAUUCCUCUUCGCCAUCUAGCCAAACUGCCCUUUAUGACUUAUUAUUGGCAUAUAAAACUACAUAUAAAGCCAACUUCACAGAUGUCGACCUGUUUUUCCUUGCCACUGUCAAUCUGUUAAACUAAUCCAUACAGAACAUAAUACAGA